UGAAAUGACAAUUAUGCCCUUGCUUGUUGCCGUUUGGGCACUUUCUUAUCAUGUGAUCUGAUCAGUUAUAUUAUCCUUUGUGUAUAUCAUAGGUUUCAUCUUCAGAUCUAAUUUUACAAACCCUAGGUGUGUUUUUCUCUCAAGGUUGGAAUGCCAUGAGCGUUGUUUGAACUGGAGCAAGAUUCGUGGUGUUUUCUGGCUACUAGAUAAAUUAUUGGGUUGUUGCACGAAAUGAGCAAAUGUGUGGGCUGUGGAAAAUUAGGAAGAAUGGCGGUACCGAAAGACAAAUUAACGAGUUCUUACCAAAUUUCUCUUACGUUAGAUCCUGCAAUAUCUGUCUGGGAUUGUGCUGUUCGUAAGAUUCGGUAUUCCUUCACAUCUGAGUGGGUGUAGAGGUCAAGAAGUAAACUUUAAUUUACAUUUUAGUAUUACUUUUUGAGUUUUUAGUAGUAGAAAAUAAUCAACGUAUACGUACUAUAGAAAGUUUUAGUUUUUAUAUUUUGAAAAGACAUGGAAUGUGGUAAAGCACCAUCUAGUGUUAGAAAGAUGAAGAAAAAGCAAGUGAAAGACGAAUCAGACCGAAUCAAACAGGCCGAGAAGAAAAAAAGGCGAUUAGAGAAAGCCCUUGCCACGUCAGCAGCUAUUAUUUCAGAGCUCGAGAAGAAGAAACAGAAGAAGAAAGAAGAACAACAGAGGUUGGAUGAAGAGGGUGCUGCCAUAGCUGAAGCAGUUGCGUUGCAGGUCCUAACCGGUGAGGACUCAGAUGAUACAUUCAGUGGAGUCAACUAUAGUCAACAGGUUUACAAUAACCCAAAAGAAGAAUUUGGUUGGAUUAUGAAUGCAAAUGGAGGGUCCAUAUGUCAAUGGAAUGGAUAUGAACGUGGUGAAAAUGGGUCUUUUGCGAGGGGGGUUGAGAGGUCGUAUGUUGGUGAGAUGUCUGCAGCUGGACUAAUUGCUGCACAGGCGGUUUCGUCCCUCCACAUCGCCGAUGAUGAAGAUAUUAGCGCGUUCAUGUUCAACAGAAUGGUGAGAGGGUGAUGAGUUGAGUUCAAGUUAUAUCUGUCUGUCUGAUGUAAUGGUGGUUUAAUAAAGUGUGUUGUAUAUAUUAUUAGUUGGUGCUCUUUUGAUCUUGUUUUAAUCAAGUCAUGGGACAGAAUGUGAAGUUGAUUUGGAGUCUUUUUUUAUUGUAAGUGAGCUGCUCUACAUUCCCAAUAAUUGAUCAUGAUGUACUUAUGACCAUGAAUACAAGUGCUGUUGGUUGAUCC